ACUCCGCGGUACGGAACCUUCCACUCCGCGGGUUCCUGGAGGGAGCUUCACUUAUAGUGAACAGCGCAUUCCGCGUUUACAGUGUUUGAUGGGGAUGUAAGGACAGGUGGUCUCCUUUCCUCCUGAGUCUGUGCGCCUUUCGGUGCAGACUCCGUCCGCCAGUGCCACCCCAUGGCGGAUGGUGGGCUAGCAAUGCUCCCGGCGCGCAGGCGCAGUAGCCCUGCUGGGACUUCCGGGGUCUUUCUCUGAGACUUUUGUGGCGCCCGCUGCGGGUCUCUGAGAAGACCCGGGCAGACUGGGAGGGCGUGUUCUCCUUCGCGCGGAUCCUAUACAACGCCCGAUGCGGUACAACGAGAAGGAGUUGCGGGCUCUGUCCCGGCAGCCGGCAGAGAUGGCGGCCGAGAUGGGCAUGCGGGGCCCCAAAAAGGGCAGCGGCCGCUCGCGAGCCGGCGGCGGGAGCUCACGGCCGUGUCUCGCGCAGCCCCUCGGAGCCCUGUUGCUGGAGCGCUGCAGAGUGGUCCCUGAAGAGCCCGGCGGCUUCUCUAUCAGCUUCCUGGAGGACCCCGAAAGGAAAUACCGCUUUGAGUGCUGCAGCCAGGAGCAGUGUAAGGAGUGGAUAGAGGCCCUCCGCCAAGCCAGCUACGAGUACAUGCGACGAAGCCUCAUCUUCUACAGGAAUGAAAUCAAGAAAAUGACAGGCAAGGACCCCCUGGAGCAGUUUGGCAUCUCAGAGGAGGCCAGGUUUAAGCUAAACAGCCUGCCAAGGAAUGGGCGGACGGCUUGCAUUGGCUCGCAGCUGGACACACUGGACUGACUUGCUGGGCCCCCUGCGCUGGGUUUUCGAUGGGAGGUGUUUAGGCUUAAAGACUUUUGUCCAAGGCCCGGUGGAGGUGGGUUGGGGCUGUGGCUUUGGACAACCCAGCAGUUCCCCUUUGCUGUGCCUUGGACCCAGCAAAGGUCUGCCAUCUCCCUGCCACCAUUACUCAAGUGCCCAUACCAGGGACUGAGGCUGGUAUGCUCCCCUGUCCAUUGCCAGAUGAAUGUAUGUUAGAUAAAGCUGUGAAUAGUGAGGGUUCCCUCAGCCAGCUGUGAACCUCACUCCUGCUCACAGGGCAGGCCAUGGCGCUGGACUUCAGGUGCUGAGCCUGCUCUUUAAUAAAGGUACCUCUUUUCCAAGGCA